GUUCUGUGGUGCAGCUUUCUCUGGUGCAGAAACAAGAGUGGUAGUGUGAGUUAGCAGCAGGUUGGCUCCUGGAUGUGCUGUGAUCUUCUUGAACACCCUUGGACAUGCCUUAAUUUGUUUAUGCCUCAGUCCUCCUCUCUGUGUGAAGGAGGAAGGAGAAGCACCUCCCAGCCCCUGCUCUUGCACGUUCAAAGCUGCAGCUCCUCAUGCACAGAUCAGCUCUGAAUUUGGACAUCAUAAAGGGCUGGACAGAUCGAGGAACUUACUGUAAAUAACACUAAUAACAGCACUGAGGCUCAGUGUACUUUGUAAUGCUCUGUGUACUUUGCGAUAGUAAACAGUCUGCACAAGGCAACAUCUGUGUGUGUUCGGCAGCCUCUGGGCUUUGCACCAGCUGCUGCGAUGGUAGUGCUGUGCCUGUGACAGUAGGUAGGGGUGUGAGCGCUGCUCUGCAUGUGUUGUCAUCUCUGCAUUUAGCGUCUGCCUUUGGCACUGUCAUCUCUUUUAUUUAUGAAUGAGUGGGUGAGGGAGGAGAGGGCUGGGCUGGGCUGAUUCGACUUCUUCACAGUUGUACCAUAAAGAGCAGAGGAGAUGAAGCAUAAUCUCCUCCUCCCUCCCGACAGUGUUUCACUGACAGCUGUGCUCCCAGCUGGGAGGAGGACAGCCUCCAACAGCCUUAGCAGAAGCUGGGAGAAGGGAGAAAGGAACAUUUGUGCUCUUCACACUGCAGGAAAAGCAUCUUUGCAUAAACUCUGCUCACAGGGAGGGUUAUGGCAAUCUCUUGGAGCAAACAUCAAGCUAAGCCAGGACGAUCUGUGGCUGGCUCACAUUUCUGCUGCUGUGCCUGGUAGAGCUGCAGUAACACUUGUGCCAUCUGUGGAGGAGGGGGUGAUUCUGAGGUUACUAACAUCCUGUGGCAAGGCAUCUCUUCAACCUGAGGUUUUUGUGGAUGAAAAGUGAUACAUCAAACUGGAUGAAAUUAAGUUCUACAUCUAUUCAUUUGGGACGCUGAUUAAUGGUGUACAUUGAGAGGCAGAAGAUGUUGAAUUUCACAGAGAAUGCAACUGAAAAGUGCAUUAUUGAUCAUAAUAUUCACCAGACAUUAUCCCCCGUGGUGUACAUAUUUGUAUUUAUCAUAGGAUUCCCAGCUAACUGCCUGUCACUAUACUAUGGGUACUUACAGAUCAAGGCUAAAAAUGAGUUGGGUAUCUACCUUUGCAAUUUGACCAUAGCAGACCUGUUUUACAUAUUUUCUUUGCCUUUCUGGAUCCAGUAUGUUUUACAGCAUGACAAUUGGACCUACGAUGAACUGCUGUGCAAAAUCUGUGGCAUCCUCUUGUAUGAGAAUAUCUAUAUCAGUGUGGGCUUCCUCUGCUGCAUCUCCAUUGACCGCUAUCUGGCAGUGGUGCACCCUUUUCGGUUUCAUCAGUUUCGGACAAUGAAGGCUGCUAUGAUUGUGAGUGCCAUUAUUUGGACCAAAGAAAUAGUGACGUGCUCGUUUGUCUUUGUGCAUGGGGAGAUCAGUAUGGAUGCCGAGAGCCAUGUGGUGUGCUUCGAGCAUUACCCCAUCAAAGAAUGGGAGCACAGUAUCAAUUACUACCGCUUCUCUGCUGGCUUCCUUUUCCCCUUCUUUCUGCUCGCCUUCUCUUACUGUGGCAUUUUACGAGUUGUCCACAGAAGUCACGGCACUCAGAAGAAGAAGAAACUCCAAAUUAAACGUUUGGUUUCGAGCACUGUCUUCAUUUUUUUAGUUUGCUUUGGACCAUACCACAUCCUACUUGUAAUUCGCAGUGUGUUUGAGAGCAACUGCUCAUUUGCUGGCAAGAUAUUUAACAUUUACCAUACUUCUCUCCUGCUGACUACAUUUAACUGCAUUGCCGACCCUGUACUGUACUGUUUUUCCAGCGAAAGCACUUACCUGAACUUUGUCAAGAUGAGAGACUCUUGCUUAAGGCAUUUAGGAUGUCUGAGGACUGAGACAAAGGAAUCCUAUCAGCUGAAUGCUCCAGAAACUCCCAGCAGGCCACAACAUGAGCAUCAGCCAAGGUUGUUACAAGAAUCACAGGGUGAUACUGGAACAAAGGACUCUUCCUCAACUAGAGCAGGCCAUCUAUAGCGUUCAUCAAAAUGGGCACUCAUGUAAAAUCUUCCUUGUAUAACUGUGUGUAUCCACUGGAUUUGUCUGUGUAUUACAACUGUUUUACAUCCCAAAGGUCUUUUAGCAGAGCAGUACAGUGAGGUAGUCUCUGGAGGUGCCUGGACCUUAGGCAAAAUCACAUCUGCUGUCAUUUUGAUACCACUCCAAACCAGUCAACUGGCAUGGCUGAAAAACCACACUCAUGAUGUGGUUCUGUUGAAAUCACCUUUCCUUGCUGUUUGCCUCUGUAGCAGCUGGUGAAAAAAAUCUCCACAAGCUGUUCAACAGGUUGGAGGCAGAACAAAUUAUAUGUCACCAAAAUUAAUUUUGAAAGGAAAAAAAAUGCAUUUCUGCAGAUAACUGUAACUCUCUGAAAUGACCCCUCCAGCAAGUUUCAAAGUGAGCAGAACCAUUGCAAGAGCCGACCUGCUAAAACAGCUAAUGAAGUAAUGUGGAAUGUUCUGGGACAACAGGCACAGGAACUCAGAAUCAGAUGAGAACUUCGAUUUCUGCAUUGACUGAUGAAUCUCCUCAUAACGCUUCUAUUGACUUCCAGAGGUAUAGGAUCUCUUGGCUCACAUGAGGAUAAAUAAUUCAAGCUGUUGAUUUGGAAAAGAACAGGAGGUUCAUAGUACACGAGGCACCUUUAUCUCAUGCGUUUCUCUGAGUCACUGUGUUUAAAGGUGAAUUUAUUUGCACUUAAAUUCUACCAGACCUUGCUAAGAUUUUGAUUGCAUCCUUACAAAUUUGUGUGUCUUGUGCAGCACAGACCUUGCAGGCAAUUAAAUACAAUAUAUUUGUCAAUGGAACUCUUAAGUAGAUUCUGCUUAAACUCUGUUUUUACCGGUAGAUACAAGAGCUAAGGUGUGCUCAUUAUUGAGUAAAUGUAAUAUCAGAAAUGUGAUGUAUGAGUCAUCUCUGUUGCUUUUUGGGUUAGAUGGAAACAAGAUACAGGAACAACCAGAUGGGUAGUUACAGAUGGGGUUGUUGUGCUCUGUAUUAGUUGUUUAUAGAAUCAACUCCUCUAUUUUUUAUUGUUUUGGGUUUUUUUAUAUUCAUUAUUAAAGAAUGUGAGUCUUGUUUCUUCUUGGUGACUUCACCGUGCUUUCUGGUAUCUGCAGUUGUUACACCACGAAUAUUGCCUUAUCCUUUCACUUCUCCUCUGGUUUCAGCCUUUCUUUGAGCACCUCUCUGUUUCUGCAGCCUGGAGUUGACAAACUGUAGCAGCAUGUGUGUGUGUGUAUAUAUAUAUAUAUAGGUAUACAUAUAUUUAAUUUCAAAAUUAUUUUUUGAGGAAGGCCUAGAAAGGCCUUCUACAUUGAGUUUCUCAGGUACAUGGUUUUGUUAUUGGUUUUUAAAAGGUAAUAUGUUCUAAGAAUUUUCUGGAAACCACACUGGAAGUGCAAUAUUAAAAGUAAUUAGGAGAUAUGUUUAAUAAAUAAUGUUUUUAUUAUUCUCUUCCUGUAUUUGUUGACAGAUUGUAUUCAUGAGACUACAACUCCUCUCCUCCCUGCUGUUGCAGAAGGGAUUCAUGUCCCUACUCCCAGGAGGAGAUUAGGUUUGCUUAGAUUAAUAUUUGGUUUGUUUAAUUCUUUUACAUUUCUUUAUACUUAGACCACUCUCCAUGCUGGAUUAAUUACCUUAUGACAUGCACUUUUCUUCUUACUAUCAGUGCUGUUUAGCUUUGCUUUCUGUGAAUGUUUCCUCUAGUCCCUGCUGUCUGUGCCAGCUGGUUGGAAGCAGGGGCUCCUGGCUGCUGCAGUCCGUGCUUGUGUGUUGCUAAGAGGAGCUCCAGCACUCAGACUCCCGUGACCUGACAUGCUGCAAGGCACACACAUGGUUUGUUCUAAGAUAAAAAUUUGUUUUGCUGUUUGUUUGUGCUUUACUUCUUUAUGGCUGCCCAUGUUGUUUAAACUAGCUGGAAUGCAGAGCGUGCCCUAUUACAUGCAAUUAUCACCGAACAGUUUAAGGCUUGCUUGAGUCGGUACUUUGUUGUGGUCCACUUCUGGUCAGCUGCUGUGGUUUAAAAUCAGAUGGAAACUUGUGUGACGGCCUGGCGUUCUGCUGAAGUUGUAGCAUCUAACCUGCUGACCAGGCCAGGAGGGGAGGGCUCUUGGUUUGGUUUUGGUUUCCCUGGUCAUGAUGUCAGUACUGAUCUACAUUCUGAUUCUUUCUGUAUUGUAACAGCUCAGCUUAGGCUGUGGAACUGUAACCACCACGGGAGGAACAUAACCCUCAGAGCCCUUCUAUUUCAUCCUGAACAAGGAUGAGAGCAAGGGUUGCUGGAGAUAAGCUGCACACUAGCAUUGGAAUGAAUAUGGGGCUUGGGAUGGCGGAGGAGAAGGGAUUUCAAAAACACACACACAUUGUCUAUUUCUUAGCAAGACCUGUUAAAGCUUAUAGUUAGAAAGAAAAGAGUGAAAGUUCAUUAAAUCAAUGUUCCUUGGACAAAGUUAAUGUUAUGUGCCAUAAAGUGACCACUGGGAGCAAAUCUGAAUGUGUAUCAGCAUUCUGGCAUUAAGGUUUCUUUCUCUCGUACAUGUUCAGCCGCUGUGAGCCUUGAAGGGCUGUGUAUCUUCGGGGAGCUCAGAAAAUGAAUGCUGGUGUUUGUGGUACAAACUGAAUUUUCUCAUUCUCAAAGAGCUAUGUGCUUGUCUUACAUAAGAGGAGGAACAUAGAAGUAGAUAGAGGAUGUUGCUACCUGCUGAAGUACCCCUGUCCUUUGGAAAUAGCAGUGGCUAAACAGAACCACCAUCCUGAUCCUGCUGAAGCACAAUAGCUCAGUACUCUCAUUUUGUACCACUAUCAUCUUUUUAUGACAGGUUAAGCAUCGGUGUCUGUGUGUGCAGUGUAAAGCACAGCCUGUGCUGUCUGCUGGGAGGGCUGACAUCUGUCAGGUCUUCAGCAGAGGCACUUACCUAGAGUUGAAGUAACAGCACAACUUUAAAUGA